AAAUGGUCACGUGCCUCCAGGCCCACCCGCAAAACCCGACCCGGAUGACCACCUGUCUCUCCGAGCCUCGGCCUCCACGUCGGCUCGGACAACCGUUUGUCCCUCCGAACCUCCAUUAAUAAACAAAUGCAAACCCCCCAUAUAAUUUAACCAAAAAUCAGUCACAAUAUCCCAGAAAUUCAAGAAAACUCCAACAGCAAAAUGAAGACCUGUGUCUUGUAAUUGUAAUUGCCCCGCACGCCACUCUUCCCACUACUACACACACACCACACGCAGUAAGUAGAGAAACAACAAGAACCUGCAGCAAGUUCGCCAUUUCCCAUUCUCCCAUCUUCUCCCACAAGCUGAAGUACCCGGAGAAACCGAUCGAGAAAAAGACCCCCCAUCAUUUUCUUGAAUCUCGAUCGAGUUUUUCUUCUCUCUCUCUCUCUCUCUCUCUCUCUCCUCCUCUUUGCUUUCCUGUGAAGCCACUUCUGCUCUCGGUGACCGCUGUCUCCAUUAAAGCUUUCACGUAUUUCAGAAAGCCGUCAUCUUCACCUUCACGAGAAAGCUUCUCAAAACCCCUUUAUAAAACCUCUCUUGCUUCUGCAAUUUCUUCAUUCAAUAAUAUUUGAGGAAAAUGAAGGGUUUUUUCAGGAGAAUGAACGCUGUUGCCCAUUGGGUUUUGUUUUUGCAGUGUGGUCUUCUCGCGCAUGCAAUGCUGAACCCCAUUGAUUUCUUGGCGUUGCAAUCGAUUAGGAAGGGCUUGAACGAUUUGCCCGGGUCCAGUUAUUUUGCUUCCUGGGAUUUCACUUCGGACCCCUGUAAUUUCGCCGGCGUUUAUUGUGAUGGAGAUAGAGUGAUCGCUCUGAAUCUCGGUGAUCCUCGUGCCGGCUCGCCUGGCUUGACGGGCCGAAUCGACCCCGCGAUCGGUAAGCUCUCUGCUCUGGCUGAGUUGACCAUUGUUCCGGGUCGGAUUUACGGGACUCUGCCCCACACCCUUUCCCAGUUGAAGUACCUGAGGUUUUUAGCUAUCAGCCGCAAUUUUAUCACCGGCGAGAUUCCUGCGGGUCUGGGACAGCUCCGGGGUCUGCAAACUCUUGAUCUUAGCUUCAACCAACUGACGGGAAGCAUCCCAUUUUCCAUUGGGACGUUACCGGCGUUGUCUAACGUCAUUCUCUGCCACAACAGGCUCACCGGUUCGGUUCCGCCGUUUGUUUCUCAAACUCUAACCCGGUUGGACUUGAAACACAACGACCUCUCCGGUUCGCUACCUCCACUUGGACUUCCUCCCUCGCUCCAGUACCUCUCAUUGUCAUGGAACCGCCUAUCGGGGACGGUGGACCGGGUUUUGUCACGCUUAAGUCAGCUAAACUACAUAGACCUCAGUAUGAACCAAUUCACCGGUUGCAUCCCGGGAAAUCUGUUCAGUUUCCCAAUCAGCAACCUCCAACUGCAGAGAAACCAGUUCACGGGUCCGGUCCAACCGGUUGAUCAGGUGACAAUCCCCACAGUGGAUCUGAGCUUCAACCGGCUGUCAGGUGAAAUAUCACCAAUGUUCUCGACGGUUCAGAGUUUGUAUCUAAAUAACAACCGGUUCACGGGGCAGGUGCCGGGUAGCUUCGUGGACCGGCUAUUAGCGGCCAACAUACAGAUACUAUAUUUACAGCACAACUAUCUGACGGGGAUAGAGAUAAAUCCAACGGUGGAGAUUCCGCUGAGCUCCUCACUGUGUUUACAGUAUAAUUGCAUGGUCCUGCCCAUACAGACACCCUGCCCUUUGAAGGCUGGUACGGAGAAAUCAAGGCCUACUUCACAAUGCAUAGAGUGGAGAGGGUAAGAUGGGGAAUUCAGCUCAUAAGAGAAGAGAAGAGGGGUAUAAUAGGAAAUGCACGCUGGGGGGGGUGGGGGUAGGUAUGAGAAAUCAAGAAAUCAUUUUAUUGAUUCUUUGGGGGGUAAUAUGGGUAAAGAAGAAUAUAUUACUGUAAUAAUAAUUUUAUUCUUUAUUAUUAUUAUUAUUAUUAUAAUUUUUGUAUGGAGUGAGUGAAGGAAAAUGAAUGUUGUAUGUAUGACACUGUUUUCUUGUAUUCACAUUUUGCGAGAAUACUGUUGAGCCGCAGAAGACGUUG